AUGAACACCGACAUCACAGCGUCGACGAAGCCGGAGUACCCGGUGAUAGAUCGGAACCAGGCGUUCAGCAAGGUCAUCGGCAACUUCAACACUUUGGAUUACCUCCGGUUCACCACCAUCACGGGCAUCUUCGUCACCGUCGGCUACCUAUAA